CUCACUAUCUCGUUUCAAACUUGCUGUUUCUCAAACUCUCUCUCUCUCUCUCUCUCUUUCUUUCUUUCAUCUCCAAGAACGCCAUUUCAGAUCGAAUCUGUCUUCUUCGCUAUCCUGGCGAGAAACAUGGAUCCUUUCAAUCCAUACCGUGCGGUUGGUAACAAAGUCAGGGAAUGCAUUGACAAGUACCUGAUGAGUAAGGAAGAAACUGAGAGAUAUCUAGAGGAUCAGCAAGGAAUCACACGUCAAGAUACCAACAUGGCUUGGAUUAUUCUUGAACGAAUGCAUCCAGAUUUAUUCACAUCAUACUAUGCAAGAAUCCAUGAGCGCAAUGCGAGGACCCGUGAGCGCGUUUCAUCAACUUCGCCACGAGAGAGAGCUUCAGCUAUACUGGGAGGGCAAGCGCAACAACGUCUAUCUCCUGCUCGCCGCUCAUUGUUGCCUGAUUUAAAUGUUCCUGAUGCAUCACCACAAGAAGCUAAUGCUGUUUAUCCUACAAGUCAAGCGGGAACUUCCAUAGCUUCUAAUGCUUUGGGCCAUAUUAUAAAACUACUGUCUGAUGGUCAUGGACUUGGUCCACAUCCUUCUGCUACGGGAUCCUUGAAGAGAAAACAAGUUGGUUGUGAGAAUGAAGAGAGAGGCGAAAAUGAAGAAGGAGAGAAACUGAAAGAGAAUGAGAGAGAUGGCAAUAAUGAAGAGGCAGAGAAGCAGGUCAUGGAGAAAAAGGAAUGUAACGAUGAAGAAGCAGAGAAGCCAAAGGAGAAAGAGGAAGGUAGCGAUGAAAAACUGCAGAAGAAUGAGGAAGGUGACAAUGAAGAACUGCAGAAGAAAAACGAAGGUGACAAUGAAGAAUUGCAAGAAGCUGCAUGAUCAGAAUCUAGAAAGGUCACAAACGCAUGGACAGUUCUUAUAUUAGCGUGGUUUUUUGAUUUACAGAAUAUAUUGCAGAGGACACAAACCUGUUAGUAUGAUUUCUUUCUUUCUUAUUGUCAUCAUAGACACUACAGUUAGCUAUUGCCAGAAUAUAUUGUAGAGACAUGCUGGUAUGAUGCUUAAACAUUGGGGAUAAGAAAUGUUAUCUGUUUCUUGUUGGUUUUGUUGAGGCUUUGUCUUGUUGGUCUUAGAUCCACAUCUAUGUUUCAUUCAAUCCAUUUAUUUAUUUUUCUUUGUGGCAAAAUACAACAAAUAAAACAAAGCCCAAGUGUCGCUUAAGAAGUGCAGAAAUCCAAAAAGGUUUAGGGACUUGUUGAGCUUAUUCCAUUUCUCAGACGUCUUCCGGAUUGUUGUUGUUGCUGUUGUAUCUACAUAGCCUCCAAAGCUUUGAACUUAUAACUUAAUGCUCAAAUGAUCAACAAAAUGUCAAUAAUAUAACCAAAACCAUUUUCCGUAUCUCAUAUAUUCAGCUGCAGAGUAAGGAACUAAGCUGGAAUCUGUAGAAGCCUCCCCUAGUAAACAUAUCAUUUCAGAUCAUAAUCAGUCGAAGUGGCUAAAUUACAUUAGCCUUUAAGAAGAUUGUUGAUGACGCUGGUUGGAGUCCAUGAAUGUUAGGAGAUCAUAACCUAUAAGAAGACUUUUGACUUGAAUGCUCAAAGUUAGGUAAUUCGUCGAGGAGAGUUUGGUUACUCCGGCCAUGUUUAUUGGAGAGAAGAUCUCACAUCGGAUAUAUGAAAGGGACUUGAGUAAUAUAUAAGGGACUUGAGCUAAUCCACUAAUUGCCAAUUGGUUUUAAGUUGGAAGUCCAAAAAACUUAUUAUGGUAUCAGAGCCGGCCUAAUACCCUGACCCAUUAAUCCGGCCCGGACAGUGACCCGAUCAUCCCAUUAGCUGAUGGUCCAUAGAAGGACCAGUUCCGCCAAGAUCGCUAGAAAAUAAAAAAGCAUGAUUUCGGAGGGGGUAUGAUGGAUUCUGCGAGAUUAAUGGUUAUACGCACCAUUAUCUCGAGGGAGGGUAUUGGAGAGAAGAUCUCACAUCGGAUAUAUGA